AUGAGAAAGAGCAUUUUGAAACCAGGACAGGUGCGAGCGCUGGUGAAGUUUUUGGGAACGGCUAAGGUGGACAUGGGGAAGUUUGUGACUCGGGGAAAUGAGGAAGUGGGAUUGGCACUGGACAGGGUGUUUGGACAGCUGGGUCUGAAACGGGAGCGACCGAACCUAGUUGCUGAGGUUGCGAAGUUCGAGACAGUCUCACACAAGUAUGAGCCAAUACAAAAAGUGCCGUGGUUCCAUUUUGACCCUAAAAAAUACAUAAUAACGCAACAGGAUCUCGACAGCGCGCCAGGACAGGUUCCUGACUCACCACUCGGAUACGUGACUAAAGACACCCCAAUCGCCGCAAACUACCAGGAACUCAGGGGCGUUCAGUCCUCGUUGUACUCGAUGGCCAUGGACACGCGCAUUGGACGCGUCAAACCGGUUUAUAAGUGCGACUAUUUCGCAUUGACGUACUAUCCAAAGUCAUACUACAUGGGCCAGAUACGCAAAUCCCGGCCGGGAGUGAUGCUUCAGUUCGACAACCACGCGUUCCUCAACACGCUUGCGUCGCGUAGGGUGAAAAUCGACAAGAACCUGAGCAAAGACGCGGCAAAUUACUAUCCGUUUAUUCUAUCCGUGCACCGCACAAAAACCUCGAAGUUCUACCGUAAAACGUUCUUCGAGCAUUUCACAGCCAACAACAUGAUAGAGAAAUGGGACGGCCUGUACCGCUUCCAGCUAUACUUGCGUCCGGUGUUGAAAAAGGACUUUGAAAAUCUCGAAUUCCACAUCCGGAAGAGUCUGGAGUAUGUGCGUCGCUGCCGGGCAUCUCCAGAACCAAAAGCCCGUAUGGACUGGACAAAAAUCAACAGCGUGUCCGAGGUGUACGGACUGCCCCCUUUAGUUCGGCAGAAGUGA